UACUCAUGUGGAUCGUAUAUAUGGCCUUCUGUAUAUAACGGCGCCGUCAAAUUUCGUGUUAAAAAUUCGUCGUCUCUCUCUAUAAUGGUGUGUCCCCACAGCACAAGACCAAUACCAUUCACUUCAUCGUUCGUCGUCACACGAGGCUUUUCUCUGCUCUCAGUGAAAAUGACAAUAACAGAUCCUGGCCGUUAAUCAUUACUCAUCAUCAUGAGUAUAACAGAACAAACCAAUAGUACAAAGAACUAGAGAUAGAGAGAGAGAUAGGAACAAAACACGAGUGAGAGAGAGAGAGAGAAGAAGGUGACGUGGGAGAUCCAUGGCGACGGGAGAGGUAUGUAGAAGAAGAGAAGGAGAAAUGGCGGAAGAAAAUGAAACAAGGAGGGUGAAACGAAAGAAGCUGGAGGAGGAAGAAGUAGAUGCAGAAUCUAGCGUCGUGGAAGAAGAGUGCCAUCAGGUUCCAAACUCGGAGUGUGAUUUAUUAGAUCGCGUGUCGUCAUCAUCGGUUUCUUGCUGCUCUAGUAAUAAUAGACCCGAAGAGAUGGAAGAGGUCGAGUCUCUGCGGCGGAGGAAGAAGAAGAACUGUGAGAUGGUGAAAGAAGCUGAGCUUGAAGGGUUUUUUCUGGCGGCGGAGAAAGAUGUCAAGAAUAAGAUGUGGGAGUGUUCUAGCAAGUAUAAUUUCGAUUUCGAGAAAGAUGAGCCACUUGGUGGACGAUACGAGUGGCUAAAAUUCAAUUCUUGAAGAAUCAAAAAGCAUUCGGCCUAGACGAUGAUCAUAUAUCCCUCGCUCAAGUACUUAUAUUCUCUUCUAUAUAUUUUAUGAAUAAUCUAUGAUAAUGUAAUCUAUUAAGUGCUCUUACCCUGGGAAAUUUGUAUAUAUCUUUCAAAUAAUCGAUAGCCAGUAAUAUCGUGAAUCUCCAACCCUUUUUUGUCUUUCGUUGUAGCUAAUUCGAUCCAUGUUGUUUUCAUUCAAAACAAAAAUUAUAUCUAUGUUGUUU